CCUUCCUUGGCCCUGGCGCUCCCUAGCGACCCCGCAGCGAGUGAAGCUGGACCGGCGCUCGGCGGGUACUAGAGGACACAUAUCUUAACUGGGUUGCUCUAAGGACUAAUGCCUAAACCAUCUCAGCAUGGCCUGUAGAGGAGAAGGUGGGCAUGGCCAGCGUCCCUCAGCUUCACUCUCCCAUGUCAGCCCUGGACGUCUUUCCACGUGUAGAACCUGUACCCAUAAUAUAUGCAUGGUGUCGGACUUUUUCUACCCAAAUAUGGGAGGCGUGGAAGGCCACAUUUACCAGCUCUCUCAGUGCCUGAUUGAAAGAGGGCACAAGGUCAUAGUUGUCACCCAUGCUUAUGGAGAUCGCAAAGGCAUCCGUUACCUCACUAAUGGCCUCAAAGUCUAUUACUUGCCUCUGAAAGUCAUGUACAACCAAUCUACAGCCACGACCCUCUUUCACAGUCUGCCAUUGCUCAGGUACAUAGUUGUUCGGGAGAGAGUCACGAUAAUCCAUUCACAUAGUUCCUUUUCUACCAUGGCCCAUGAUGCCCUCUUCCACGCCAAGACAAUGGGCCUCCAGACAGUCUUCACGGACCAUUCCCUUUUUGGAUUUGCUGAUGUCAGCUCGGUGCUUACAAACAAGCUUCUAACUGUGUCUCUUUGUGACACAAACCACAUAAUUUGUGUCUCUUACACUAGUAAGGAAAACACUGUGCUAAGAGCAGCACUGAAUCCUGAAAUAGUGUCCGUCAUUCCUAAUGCUGUAGAUCCUACUGACUUCACUCCAGACCCAUUUAGAAGGCAUGAUAGUGUAAUAACUAUUGUUGUUGUCAGCAGACUUGUUUACAGAAAAGGGACCGAUUUGCUUAGUGGUAUAAUACCUGAACUCUGUCAGAAAUAUCGCAAUUUAAAUUUCAUAAUUGGAGGAGAGGGACCAAAGAGAGUCAUUUUGGAAGAAAUACGGGAAAGAUACCAUCUCCAUGACAGAGUGCGUCUCUUGGGAGCCUUAGAACACAAAGAAGUCAGAAAUGUCUUAGUUCAAGGACAUAUUUUUCUUAAUACUUCCCUUACUGAAGCAUUCUGCAUGGCAAUUGUGGAAGCAGCCAGUUGUGGUUUACAGGUUGUAAGUACCAGGGUUGGUGGAAUUCCUGAAGUACUUCCAGAAAAUCUUAUCAUUUUAUGUGAGCCUUCUGUAAAAUCUUUGUGUGAGGGAUUGGAAAAAGCUGUUUCCCAACUGAAGUCAGGAGCAUUGCCGUCUCCAGAAAAUAUCCACAACAUCGUAAAGGCUUUCUACACCUGGAGGAAUGUUGCGGAGAGAACUGAAAAAGUGUAUGACCAAGUGGCGGCAGAAGCUAUGUUACCGAUGGACAAACGACUGGACAGACUCAUCUCUCAAUGUGGCCACUUGACAGGCUGCAUUUUUGCUUUGUUGGCUGUAUUCAACUUGUUCUUCCUCAUUUUCCUGAGAUGGGUGACUCCAGAUUCUAUCAUCGAUGUUGCAGUAGAUGCCACAGGGCCAAAGGGUGCCUGGACUCAUCAGUAUCCUUACAGGAAAAAGGUGGACGAGAACAAUGAGGUAUCUAAAACCAGGUAGAAGAAAGCCUGGAUUGUGAGAUUUUAAACACUUGUAAUAGUUCUAUUAAGACUAUUGAAAAUAACCUUGCUUUUUUUCUUUUUAAAGUUAAUAGUAAGUUAUGCUACCUCUUUAUCAUUCCGUGUUUUAUUUUGAGGAAAGAUAAACACUUAUGCAAUUCCUGAGUGUAGAAACUCCUUGCACUUAUUUAAAAUUUGGGAGAGAACAUUGAAGCCACUCAGGUAUGCAAUUUUUCAGACUACUGAAAUCCCUCUAGCAGACAUGUUUUAACGUUAUAUUUUGGGAGCUUUGGGUGCUGAAGGGCCAAACGUUUUCUGGGCAUUUUUUGGCCAGUUUUAAAUGUUCUACCAUUGAUUAGACAUUCACCAGAUGUUUACAAGUUUUCUUUAGGGAAGUACAACAACUCUGUGAACUAUUUUAAGUUGUGUUCAUACUACAUUUAUUAGAACUUAAGUCGUGUUCUUAAACUUUUAUUGGGUAUGCUCAGUAAGUGUUCCAUAUAAUCAGCAGGUUUCUUGAGUAAAAUGGGCUGUCAGCGACCAGCAUGUUUUAAGCACCUACCACGCAUAGAAUGUUGAACUAGAUGCUUCCUGCGG